GCCACUGCUUAGCCAUACAUUCAUGUAAAUCGAAUACAAAUCCAAAACCCACAUUGAUAUGACCCCAAUAUCCCUUCUUUUCGCCCUCCUAUGGCAGCUCCUGGUGGUGCUUCUCACCGCCGUCCACGGUGGCCUGAACCUGAUCCAGGGGGCGAGCGGCGGCGGCGGCGGCAGCUGGCAGCUCCUACAGCGGAGUAUUGGCAUCACGGCCAUGCACAUGCAGCUGCUCAACAACGACCGCGUCGUCAUCUUCGACCGUACCGACUUCGGGGAGUCCAACAUCUCUCUCCCCAACGGCCGUUGCCGCGACGACCCGAACGAGGCCGUAGUGCCGCACGACUGCACGGCCCACUCUGUGGAGUACGACGUCGUCACCAACAGAGUACGGCCGCUCUUUGUCCAGACCGACGUCUGGUGCUCGUCGGGAUCCCUGUUUCCCGACGGCCGGCUGAUCCAGACCGGCGGGUUCAACAACGGCGAUCGCGUGGUCAGGAUUUUCAAGCCGUGCGGCGACUGCGACUGGGAGGAGAUUCCGUACGGUCUGACGCAGCGGAGGUGGUACGCCACCAACCACAUUCUGCCCGGCGGCCAGCAGAUUAUUAUCGGCGGCCGGCGUCAGUUUAACUACGAGUUUUACCCGAAAACGGCGUCGACUUCGAAGUAUUACAAUCUGCGGCUUCUGGUUCAGACAAAUGUACGUGACAGCGAGGACAAUCUUUACCCGUUUGUGUUCCUCAAUGUGGACGGAAACUUGUUCAUUUUCGCGAAUUAUAAGUCGAUUCUGUUCGACUACGUGAAAGGGGUGGUGGUGAAGACUUUCCCGGACAUGCCAGACGGCCAACCGCGGUGUUAUCCGAGCACCGGCUCCGCCGUGCUGCUCCCGCUGAAGAUUUUCGGGAGAGCGGCGCCGCAACCGGAAGUGCUGGUUUGCGGCGGCGCACCCAAAGGGUCGUUCUUGAGCGCCAAAAAAUAUGGCAAAUUCGUCGGAGCCUUGAAAACAUGCGGGAGGAUCCGGAUAACCGACCCGGAACCCAAGUGGGUGAUGGAGACUAUGCCCCUAGCCCGGGUCAUGGGCGACAUGCUAUUGCUACCAAACACCGAUGUUCUGAUCAUAAAUGGGGGGUCCGCGGGGACAGCCGGGUGGGAAUAUGGUAGGGACCCGGUCUUCAACCCAGUGAUUUACAUGCCCGAUAAUCCUAUCGGAUCACGGUUCGAUGUCCUAAAUCCGAGCACCAUACCCCGCAUGUACCAUUCGACUGCAAUUUUGUUGCGUGAUGGUCGUGUUCUCGUUGGUGGUAGCAACCCUCACACUUUUUACAAUUUUACGGGUGUCCUUUUCCCCACCGAAUUAAGAUUGGAGGCCUUUUCCCCACCCUAUUUGGAUCCGAAAUCCGACACUUUGCGCCCGAAGAUCAUCACACCCGCAUCUCAAGCCGAAUUCAAGUACGGCCAAUCGGUCACGGUUCAGUUCACCGUCACGGCCACGCUAGAUGCAAAUUCAGUCACCGUGACAAUGAUUGCACCCUCAUUUAACACCCAUUCAUUCUCCAUGAAUCAAAGAUUGUUAGUGCUUGGAGAGGGCAACGUGGUAGCCAAAGCAAAAUCCACGUAUGAAACCCGGGUAACGAUGCCGGGUUCGGGCAAUCUUGCCCCGGCCGGGUACUAUCUCUUAUUUGUAGUCCAUCAAAAAAUACCUAGUCCAGGCAUUUGGAUCCAUAUCCAAUAAAAUCUGUACCUAUAUAUCCAUAUAGAAUUUAUCAUACAUGCAUUUCAUCUCCCUGUUUCAAAUAACAAUCUAGAUGGGUUCGGGUUCGUAACGCGAAAGUGAUAUUUUUUAUAAUUAUUGAGAAUAUUUGUGGAGGCAUCAGAUGAGGGGGGAGGAAGGGGAGUGAAGACUGAGGAGUUAACAGUGGCUGGCUGCUAGUGAGUGAGUCACGGGUGAGAAAACCGGUUAAUGACAUACAUUUCAAGUUCACGGGUCUGUCUGGUUUUCUGGGCCUUAAAACCUUUUGUGUCACUAUUUAACUUAAUCCUCAGCAUGUUGUUCUUAUAAUUUGGGCUUUGACCAUUUUGGUGAAGUUCCUGAUCCCAAUUGGUGGUCGCAAGUGGGAUCAUCACAUGGUAGGACCCUUUGGGAGAGUUCAUGUCUCGUGUUUCCCUUCCCCUGAUUCAUGUUUUUGUGUUUAUAAGGAUAGCAGAGAGUCGAGAGACAUUGUAUUUUGCUCAUUCGAUCCAUUCCUCAAGUUUGCCAACAUUUUAUUCUUUUUUAUUUACUUGAAAUGUUCGAAUUUCGUCUCAGUAAUCAUCGGGAGUGAAUAAACUUCCUCU